CACCAAACUUGCUAGGUAAAUUUGCUCAGCUUUUCUUUCCUAGUUGUCAGGACUGUAGUUCGGACGACUCAAAAGAUGUACCAGCCUGGCCGGAAGACAUCUCACGAAAAUAUUUCGCCAGGUCCCAAUGAAAUAAACGUGGGUGUUCAUAGCAGUUAUGCAAUGUGAAUAAUUGACCCGGGAGGAAAGUGUCCUGUAUGCACAGUCAGCCUUGGAUACUUUUAAAGAUGUCCAGCGGUAGCCUGUUGAGCAAGGUGCGCUCCGCCUUCAGGAGAGAGCGUAACGAAUGGGACAUGAGCAGCGACACGGCACCCUUCGACUUCUCCGACGAGCUUGUGGAAGACGAAGCGCCCAAAUUCAGCAAACUGAAGGUGGUGGUCUCCGGCGAGAUGUCGGACUACGCCGCAGGGGCUCCGUCCAACGGGGUGGCGGUCAAUACGCUGGUGGUGGCGGGGCGAGACGAAGAUGAUGACUCCCUACUGGACUCUUCCUCCAGCCUGGGCAGCCCGGGCUUGAACAUGGACCCAUGCGACAGCUGCACCAGGAAGAGGGAGACCAUGAAGCAGAGGAAGGUGAUGAAGAGGCUGGUCAUUGCAGCUGUGCUCUACUUUCUCUUUAUGGUGGCUGAAAUUAUAGGUGGCUAUGUUUCAAAUAGCUUAGCCAUCAUGACUGACGCUGUGCACAUGUUAACCGAUGUGGUGGGGAUCCUGUUCUCUCUGCUGGCUCUGUGGCUGUCCACUAAACCGCCCACCAAGAGAUUCACCUUUGGACUGCAUCGCCUCGAGGUAAUAUCAGCUGUCCUUAGUGUGGCGCUCAUCUACAUCCUGACGGCGAUACUGCUCUUUGAGGCCGUUCAGCGGACGGUAAACCAAGACUUCAACAUCGAUGGCGAUGUCAUGAUCAUCACAGCAGCUGUGGGUGUGGCUGUCAACCUCAUAAUGGGCUUCUUAUUAAACCAAGGUGGUCACAUGCACUCUCAUGGCCACGGUCACUCACACGGCACGGCAGCCGCUUCGGGGUCACAAUCCACAGGGUCGGCACAGAACCAGAGGCCGCACGGCAGCCUGGCUGUCCGAGCCGCCUUCAUCCACGCUUUGGGCGACCUCCUCCAGAGCUUCGGGGUUCUCAUAGCUGCCUACAUCGUCCGCUUCAAGCCCGAGUAUAAACUUGCAGAUCCCAUCUGCACCUACAUCUUCUCCCUUCUGGUUCUCUUCACCACAGUCCGCAUCAUACGCGACACAACAGUCAUCGUGCUGGAAGGCGUGCCCCGGCACCUGGACACAGUGCAGAUCAGAGAGGAUCUCCUGAAGCUUGAGGACGUGCAAUCGGUGGACGAGCUGAAUGUUUGGGCGCUGACUGCGGAUAAGACCGCAGCACUUGUGCAUCUUCAGCUAACACCCUUAAGUGCCAACAAGUGGGAGGACGUCCAGGCAAAGGCCCGCCACCUGUUGCUCCACACCUAUGGUCUGACCAGAUGCACGGUUCAGGUCCAGACGCACAGACAGAGGCCUGUGCGCAUCUGUGCACACUGUGAGCAGACCAGCACUUAAAGACACUCUCCGCUUUCAACUACUUUCACUUCUUCCUCUUUGUGCAUCUCUGCUGAGCCACGUGUUGGCAAGUUCAGGCAGAACCAGGCCGACUGUUCCACCGCCAGAAAAUGACGCGGAACAAUAGGAGGAGUCGAGCACGUCUACCGAAAGGAUUACUGCGGCCUGUGAAGACUGACUGCUCUUCAGGCAAUGUUGGCUGACCAUUGAAAUGUUCAGUUAAAGGAUGUGAACCUUCAGCACAUUCUCUUAAUUCACCGUUGCGGCCUAUUUAUCUAUUUUACACCUUGGUGUUUGGCAACAGGUGAAUAGUUUUUGUUAUUGUGGCUUCUUUAGCCUCUGUUACUAAAUCUAUGGGAAGCCGUUUGAGCGUUUAGUCAAUAGCUUUGAUAUCCAGCUUUAAGGUCCCUGUACUAGUACACUAUUUUACUCAUCAAGUGAAACAACAUAGCAAGUAGAACAGCUGUGUCAUAUGUAUAUAAUUUUUGGGGUUUUUUUGGGUCACGACUUCAUUUUUGCACACUAGUAAGACUACAACUGUGCUCUAGUUGAGAUCUGUACACUACCGGUGCUACUAGUAAAGCCCCAAAUAGUUGGUAGAACUAUGUUCCGAGUAGUACUAUUUGCAUGCGGUUACCAACUGCCUAAUAGUAACAAAUAGUUUUCUGACUAGUGAGGACAAGAGUAUACGAGUACUUUUGCUAACCUUAAGCUAGAUAGGAUAUCGAGUAAACGCUUUUCCAU